CCUUGAGAUUAUAACCCGCGGCAUCGCCAUGGGCAAGCAGUUCCUCAAGUCCUGGUGGAACUACUUUGACAUAGUCCUUGUCCUUUUCUGCUCGAUUACGCUUAUUUUCCUGUCGCGCGGCUGCUCAGCGUCCUCUAACUCUGAGGAGCUCAUCAAUACUAUCCUCCUGGUGAUCCGCAAUGCUGCACAGGUAUUCCGGCUACUGGCAACGCUGCGCAAGAACCGGCGGCAGCUGGAUGCACGCGACAUGAAUGUUGACUUCAACAGCAACCGGGGAUCUGACUUUUUGGACGUCAUUGGGGAUAUCGACGGGAUCGUCGAUACUACCGAUGGGUACCGGGUUCCUGGGGUGCCGCGGACAGAUGGCAUGGGCGACGAGUUUAGGCUGUCGAUUGAUUCCCUGGAUGAUGGAUAUGAAAUGAGAACGCCAGAGAAUCAGGGCCUGGAUAGGCUGAGGAGGUCUACCAGUCGGUCGUCGGCGACAUCGGUUUCUAAUGUUGAUAAGUUGACGGGCCGGAAAAGGAGUCCAGGAGUAGUGUAGCACGCUUAAUAGAAGCUAUUUGAACCUUUUUUUUUUGGAGCUGAAUGUAGUUCAUUUGCGAUAUACGAUGUCCAGCUCUGUUUUGGGGUGCAUUUGAAGCGGCCGAGAAAGUUAUCACACUUUCACGGUAUACUCAAUGGCGAAGCUGCUGCCUAGGCACAC